AUGGAGCCUGGACGUGGAGGCCCUUCUGUGCUGCCCCUCUGGCCCCGGCCUAGGCGGCAGCCUGCCCUGUGGCCUACCCUGGCCGCUCUGGCCCUGCUGAGCAGCAUCGCCGAGGGCGAGGCCUCCCUGGGCCCCGCACCCAGCAGCCCGGUCCCCCGAGAAGGCCCCGCGCCGGCCCCGGCGCCCCCCGCGGGUCCCCUGCCUGGGGGCCGCGCGGCCGGUCUGUGCGGCGGAAGAGCCCGGCGGCCGCCGCCCCCGCCGCCCGCGCACUCGCCCGCUGCCCCCCGAGGGCCCCGCGCUGCGCGGGCUGGGGGCCGGGGCGGCCGCGGGAGCCGGGGGAGCCGCGCGCGGGCCGCGGGGGCGCGGGGCUGCCGCCUGCGCUCUCAGCUGGUGCCGGUGCGCGCGCUCGGCUUGGGCCACCACUCCGAUGAGCUGGUGCGUUUCCGCUUCUGCAGCGGCUCCUGCCGCCGCGCGCGCUCCCCGCAUGACCUCAGUCUGGCCAGCCUGCUGGGUGCCGGGGCCCUGCGGCCGCCCCCCGGCUCGCGGCCCGUCAGCCAGCCCUGCUGCCGACCCACGCGCUACGAGGCCGUCUCCUUCAUGGACGUCAACAGCACCUGGAAGACCGUGGACCGCCUUUCGGCCACUGCCUGCGGCUGUCUGGGCUGA